UCAACGAGCCGGAGCUCCCUUUCCAUGCGCGCAUCCCGAACAACGCCAGCUUUCCGCCGCGUAACCUGUCCUCUGUUUGUCCAGCACCCACUGCCGACGGAAUAUUGCACCUCGAUACUGUACCCGAUGUCUUGAGAUGGUUACAGGUGGCGGCGGCGGCGGUUUUCAGCAGUCCGCUUCACGGUUCAACAUACGCGCAACGCACGCAUUCUGUCCGUGAUUGAUAGGCAAAUCUCGAUCAAACACCAUCGUGUAAUUGCAUAUAACGCGACCAGCGGCCCUGGGCUGUCGUAACAAUGGCGCAAACACAACCCCAACAGUUCUCCCAAUCCUUUUCACCUCCGGGUUCCUCUCCCUCACCCGCUCCGUCGCCGGUCAAUGGAAGUGUUCCACCACCAAACAAGCGACAACGCCUUUCACCUCACCCUCAAUCCUCUCAGUCACCUUAUGCCUCGCCCAGCUUCGGAACCUUACAACUACCGCAAAACCAACAAACUGGCGUGAACGGGACAAAUACAAAUGGGAUACCACAGUCGCCGGCACCCCCACCUCCUGGCAUCAUGGGCCCUCCCUCCCGGCCUGUUGACAAGCCAACAGAUGCAGCUGAUCUGACGGAUGUAUUGGCCUCUUCUGGAAUUGAUGUAAGGGAAGAGGAGGCAUUUCUCACCAGCAGUUACUCUGCUCCUGGUUUGCAAGCGCAGCAACCACCCCGACCUCAACAACCUCUCCCACCACAGCAACAACAGCAACAACAACCUCCUCCUCUCCCUUUGAAUACAUCCUUCACCUCACAAGCGUCGGCAACCGGAACAGCGUCCAAUACCCCAAGCUUCAGUGAGGCGUCACAAUACAAACCUUCAGGGACACAAGAAUCCUUCUAUACAGAGCCAUCAACCCAGCCUCCCGCCCCUUUUACCGACCCGAAUGAACCGAGUCGGGAAGAUACUGAGGCAGCUAGGCGUGCGCAGUAUCACUUACAAGAGCCGUUCCUGUUGACCAAGAUUCUUGAACAGAGGCUCCAAAAACGGGGUUUCGAGCUUGGCGUUCGCAUACCAUCGGAAGGCUUGUUCCACCCAGUACCAGGCCGUCCACAGCCAAUUGAAGUAACCGGACCAGAUGGGUCGUCCGUCGUGCGUACUGGUCAGACAAUUCUGAACCAGGAAGGCGCACCUCUCGUGGAUAUACUCAAUUUGAUGUCCAUAUCGUGUGAGGAGCGACUACGGACUGUGGUCGAUUAUUCCUCAACACUCGCGAAAAGUAGACGAGCGCAUUCUCAUGGGACGGUCCCGAUUGAAUAUGGAGACCUAGCCUCGGCAAGUGAUAACGUUAAUGGAGGAAAGGAUGACCCUCAAACGCCUUCUCUUAAAAGACCUCAUUCGAACACACAAUCGGGAGCAAAAUCACUGUCGGAUAAAUGUCGUCUCUUGGUGGAUAAGGAUGCUUCUUACGAGGAGGCCAGGGCAGCGAAACGUACAAAACGCAGCGCAAGUGCGAUCCUUGGAGAUGGCGGUACACCAAGGGCCGAUGCAGUUGAUGUGCCUGGCUCUGGUGCAUCGACACCUAUUGGUGAUCGGGCUCCCAGUUUGGAUAAGAAAGGAAUGUCAAAGAAAGAAGCCAGAAAGUUAAUGGAUGCAAAAGCGAACGAAGUCCAGCAACACCAGCAAUCCGUUGAAACAGCGCGCAUGGCCACUCAGACUAUGAUGUCGGGGGGUAUGUUUGGAAAAAAGAAAACAUAUUCCUGGCUCCAACGUGGCCCGCCUGCUGGGAGUGGCUUUUCUACGCCAACGCGUGCCAACCCUCCCACCCCAACCGCAAAUACAGAAAAGGCAACCCGCGCGGGAGAACCUGCGGCUGUUCCCACUAAACGGUUGGGAAGCUGGCGGGAGGACAAGGAGAAGGGGGCUGGAAUACAGGUUCGAGAUAUCCUUUACAUGCUGGAGCUCGAUGGAAGAGCGUCUAGACACAUCCAGAAAGUAUACUCGAAAGACUUGAAGGAAGACAAAACAGACUGAACCUGUUUAAUCCGUGACUUGAAUAAUUACAAUCUUUCCAUUGGCUUUGCUGCAAUAUUUUAUUUUCAAGUUCCGCAUGAGCACUGCGCAGGACCGUGGUUUUUUGGCGUUGCGGUACAUUCUUCGGUGGUUCCAAUCUAUGUGUCUCUAAUUUCUCUUCACGCUUGUUCUGGGCGGUUCCUGGGAAACGGCCUUACAUGCUGUUUUCCGGCCAUGUUCACCGUUUUAUCAUGGUUUAAUUAACUCGCAGGGGGUUCAGCAAGGAUCUCUCAUCUUUCAAAUGUACUGUCGGCCUUGCUGGUACUGUUGCAUAAACGUAAGGAAAUAAAAAAAUUCUCAUGGA